AUGCUUCUCGCGACAAAACUCUCCCACCGAGUAUCCAAGUUCUAUGUGACCGAUUUUACCCUAAACGCCGGGAUUGGUUCUCAGUUUACGGAGGGGAUCCACCUUGGAAACGAGACAGUGGCAGCAACGCUGGUACUUCAGGUGGAACUCUUUGCCGAGAAGCUUGCAACGUUCAUGGCGCACUUCCUAGAGAUUCGCGGCCACGCGUUUCACGACUCCGGCGAUAAGACAGAGGUUGCACUGGAAUGUAUUUUCCUUGCAAUGGAAGUCAAGGUCAAGGCCUAUAUGGGAGUAGUAGAAGCGAAUGUUGCCAGCAUCGAGAUCAUUCAGCCACCCAGAUGCGCCGCCUUGGACCGAAACGGUGGGUUGACACGUCUCUGGAGCAGCUUUUUUGCCUCGGUGCCCCAAGGAUUCAUUGAAGAUCACUACCAGCAGUUGGUGCUCUCCAUUCCAAGCAAUUAUUGGCCCCAGGAUGCAUUGAGGGUCCAUCCAAAAAUGUCAGAUACCACCAUCCCGGUCAAAGAAGAGCCCCUGAGCCAUAUUCCAGAGAUCCCUCGCGAUAUGAAUCACUCCCAGGACUUCCAAAACUCAUCAGAAGAGGAAGUUCCGCUCACCGCAACACCAAUUCCAGCGUAUGAGCCGCCCCAGUCCCCCUCCCAGGCCUCAAAUAACACCACCUUUGUCUCCAACAUCACUCUUGACGAAAAUUUCUUCCCCGUCCGUUACUUGAACGAGCACAUUGACAGCUUCCUGCUGACGUUGUACUACCCGGUGAAGGUGCGGUUACUCGGGGUGUAUCCCGGAUCUGUGGAACUUUUCUGCCCCAAGCAGUAUGAGUACGAUGAAAGCACCCAGCGCUAUGAAGUCCAUGAUCCUAAGGUGAGAUCCCUCGAAUUAGUAGUGACAGAUGUUGAGGACGAAAACCACGAGGGACGGAAAGACAACUUGCGAUUGUCCUUGGACGAAGAAGACGUCUUGGCGUUCUUUGGAUUUCGCUCCGUUGAGGAAAUGUACGUAUCCCCGGGUUUGGUCCAGGAGAAGCUAAUCACCCUCAGCAGACCACAGGCCCCACCGUUUGAGGUGAAUAUCUACCUCAAGGAAGUAGUGGUAGGUAAUCGGAGCUUGGUAAGAUGGGCUUUAAAAAGGGUGAACAUCAAUGACUUAAUCUUGCAACGGGGAUGA